UUCUUACAAUCAAACCACAUAGAUAAGGUUAAACCAAAACCCUGUCUGAAGAAAAACAAAAACUUGUCUUCUCCCUGAACAAAGAUCAAGAACAAUGGCUUGCAGUAAUCUAACAACAAUGUGGGUUUCAUCAAACCCAUCUCUUUCAGACUCCUCCUCCUUGUCCUUCCGAUCCGUUCUCAACCCACUUCCUCUCCCAAACCACAACACGUCUCCUUCAAGAUCAUCCUCCGUUGCUCCAAUCCAAUCCUCCCUUCGUGAGCUCAGAGACCGUAUCGAUUCAGUCAAAAACACUCAGAAGAUCACCGAAGCGAUGAAGCUCGUCGCUGCAGCAAAAGUCAGGAGAGCUCAAGAAGCUGUCGUCAACGGACGACCCUUCUCAGAAACCCUAGUCGAAGUUCUUUACAACAUCAACGAACAGCUUCAAACCGAUGAUAUCGAUGUUCCCUUAACCAAGAUCAGACCGGUUAAGAAAGUUGCACUCGUUGUCGUGACCGGAGACCGUGGAUUAUGCGGUGGGUUCAAUAACUUCAUCAUCAAGAAAGCAGAGGCGAGGAUCAAGGAGCUUCAAGGGUUAGGUCUUGACUACACAGUCAUUAGCGUGGGGAAGAAGGGAAACUCUUAUUUCCUCCGUCGUCCGUACAUCCCCGUUGACAAGUACCUCGAGGCCGGAACUUUACCGACCGCGAAAGAAGCUCAAGCUGUUGCCGAUGAUGUCUUCUCUCUGUUUAUAAGCGAGGAGGUCGACAAGGUCGAGCUCUUGUACACAAAGUUUGUGUCUUUGGUCAAAUCAGAACCCGUGAUCCACACGCUACUGCCUCUAUCUCCCAAAGGUGAGAUUUGUGACAUUAAUGGGAACUGUGUGGACGCUGCUGAAGACGAGCUCUUCAGGUUAACGACCAAAGAAGGGAAGUUAACGGUCGAGAGAGAGACUUUUCGGACACCAACUGCUGAUUUCUCACCGAUCUUGCAGUUCGAGCAAGACCCUGUUCAGAUUCUUGAUGCUUUGUUGCCUUUGUAUCUUAACAGUCAGAUUCUUAGGGCGUUACAGGAGUCUUUGGCGAGUGAGCUUGCAGCUAGGAUGAGUGCGAUGAGUAGUGCUUCGGAUAAUGCGUCGGAUCUUAAGAAAUCGCUUUCGAUGGUUUAUAAUAGAAAACGUCAAGCUAAGAUUACUGGUGAGAUCCUUGAGAUUGUUGCUGGAGCCAAUGCGCAGGCUUGAUCUGUUUGAAAUCUCGUUGAUAUGAGCAGACUCUUUUUAUAUAUGUAUAUCAUUUUCGGUCGUAUAAUCUCAUCUAGAACUCUUAUGAUCUUUUUAUAAUCAUGCAAUUACAAACAUAAUGUGGCUCUAUGUAUUUUGGUCUUUCAUUGGAUAAAUGAUUAAGAAAAAACUUUGUGAUGACUUUGUGAAGCUUUGCUAGGAUCUUUGAUUUGAAACAGUUCUAUUUGAUUUUUUUUUUAAUCUGUUACCGUCGAAUAGUCCGGCUUCUUUCUAGUGAGAAUUCGGAUAUACAGUCCCAUUUUUGUAUGGUUACGUAGUACUGUAGUAUCAAUUUAGUUCAUGGCAUAAUUCGAAUCCAACACGGACGAAUUACGCAUUGCUCCAACUACCAAUAGGCAACCAUUGCUUGGUUUCCUAUUCAAUUGUUCUUGCGAAAGAUCUUAGAGAUACAUGGUCGAGCGAUUUAAUGCACGUGUUUGCUUU